AUGGCUGAAGAAACCAAGGCCGAAUACGUCGCCCGAGCCAAGCUCUCCGAGCAGGCUGAGCGAUAUGACGAUAUGGCCGAAUCCAUGCGAAAGGUUACGGAAUCCGGAAUCGAAUUGGUCAAUGAGGAACGAAACCUGCUCUCGGUCGCCUACAAGAACGUCGUUGGUGCUCGCCGAUCAAGCUGGCGAAUCAUCAGCUCCAUCGAGCAGAAGUGCGAGCAUGGCGAGAAGAAACUCGCCAUCGCUCAAGAAUACCGACAGAAGGUCGAGAUCGAGCUCCGCGACAUCUGCAAGGUCGUGCUCAAUCUUUUGGACACCCACCUUAUCCCCAAGUCUUCUACCGGCGAGUCGAAGGUCUUCUAUCUCAAGAUGAAGGGAGAUUACUACCGGUACUUGGCCGAAGUUGCCAGCGGUGAUGACCGAAAGGCGAUCAUGCAGAGCUCCCAGGAAGCUUACAAGGCCGCCUUCGACGUCGCACAGUCUGACAUGCCUCCCACUCAUCCUAUCCGACUCGGUCUUGCUCUUAACUACUCCGUUUUCUACUACGAAAUUUUGAACGACCCCGAGAACGCCUGCACACUCGCCAAGACCGCAUUCGAUGAUGCCAUCGCCGAGCUCGACUCCCUCUCCGAAGAAAGCUAUAAAGAUUCGACCUUGAUCAUGCAGCUCCUCCGAGACAACCUGACCUUGUGGACCUCGGACAACGCCGACCCAGAAGAUGGCGAGGACCACGCCUAA